UAACCACAAAGAAAACUAGGAUGCUCUUAAAUACAAAAUUUCAUUUCACGACUUAACUAACCCUUGAAUCUGCUUGUGCGAUCAAAUUGAAAGCAUAAACAUGUCGAUCUUCGAGUACAACGGAAGUGCCGUCGUGGCCAUGGUCGGCAAGAACUGCUUCGCCAUUGCCAGCGACCGAAGGCUCGGCGUUCAGCUCCAAACCAUAGCCACCGAUUUUCAACGCAUUUUCAAGAUUCACGAUAAGCUCUUCAUCGCUCUCUCUGGCCUCGCCACCGAUGCGCAAACACUGUAUCAGCGUCUCGUUUUCCGCCACAAACUGUAUCAGCUUCGCGAAGAGAGGGAUAUGAAACCGGAGACCUUUGCCAGCUUGGUCUCUGCUCUGCUCUACGAGAAAAGGUUUGGUCCAUAUUUUUGCCAGCCUGUAAUUGCUGGACUAGGGGACGGAGAUAAACCAUUUAUUUGCACAAUGGAUUGUAUUGGAGCAAAGGAGCUUGCAAAAGAUUUUGUUGUUUCUGGCACUGCAUCUGAGUCGCUAUAUGGUGCUUGUGAGGCGAUGUUUAAGCCUGACAUGGAACCAGAGGAAUUGUUUGAGACCAUCUCCCAAGCGCUGCAAUCAUCUGUUGAUCGGGAUUGUUUAAGUGGCUGGGGAGGACAUGUCUAUGUUGUCACGCCAACUGAAGUAACGGAAAGGAUUUUGAAGGGAAGGAUGGAUUAGCUUUUAAGCCGCCUGGGCUGGGUUUCUAUUUAGUUUGGAUCUGAAUGACAUUCCAUUUACAAUCCUUUGUUAAAGGGUACCUUGUUAUUGUGGCUCUUUAGAUGUACCCUGAAAAUUAUCUAUAGAUGGUUUCACUUGUUCUAUGAUUAGAUUAUCAGUGAAAGGAGAUUCUUGUGUCGGGCACGUUGUGAAUUAAAUUGAGGUGACCUCUUGGAAUGUUUUCAGUGCAAAGAACGUCAAUGAUACAGAAAUUGCCUCA